CAGCGUCCGCCGGGGGCGGGCCCGCGCCUGCGCAGUGUCGCUCUCGGAGUCCCGAAGACGCCAUGGAGGCGCUGAGGGCGCUGCUCGUCCCCGCGCUGCUCCCGGAGAUUUGCUUCGAGGCGAUGCGGGAGCGGCCGCUGCACGUGAAGCUCCCGCAGCUGCUGAAGAUCUAUGGGGCGCGCAGUGGGGCCGGGCUCAGCCUGGGCGCCGUGGGGCUGGAGCUGCUGGCGCUGGGGGGGUCGGUGGCCUACAGUGUGGGGCACGGCUUCCCCUUCAGCGCGUGGGGCGAGGCGCUGUUCCUGCUGCUGCAGACGUUGGCCAUCGGGUUCCUCAUUCUGCACUACGGGGGGCGGACGGCGGGGGGUGAGCGACCCACAAGUGCCCCAUAAGUGCCCCAUAAGUGCCCCACAAGUGUCCCCUGCCCCACAAGUGUCCCCUGCCGCAUAAGUGUCCCAUGUAUCUCCUGCCCCAUAAGUGUGCCGUGCCCCAUAAGUGUCCCAUGUAUCUCCUGCCCCAUAAGUGUCCCCUGCCCCAUAAGUGCCCUAUGAGUGCCCCAUAAGUGUCCCGUGCCCCAUAAGUGUCCCAUGUAUCCCCUGCCCCAUAAGUGCCCCAUAAGUGCCCCAUAAGUGCC